GAGGGCACAUCUUGGAAAUGUGUAUCAGCGAGUUUUCUGGUGUAAGUCCUUCCUCCCUCCUUGCUGAAUAAUCAUCAACUUUAUGAAGUUAUUUCCUUUCUCUGAAGACUUAAGUGCUUGCGGCUUCACAUGAGGCCGUGUGUACGUACAGAAUUGUCUUGAGCCUUGAGCAAUGUUUGCUACGUAUUUUAACUUUUCACUAUUUUAAAGGAAAUAGCUGGUUUUAAGUUUUAAUCCACAGAUUGUCAUUCUUCAGGGAUGGCAGCCCCAAACACAACAUGGCAACUCAUCUACUCACCCACGAAAAAUUAAAAAAUGGAUCCUAACAUAUUUCAUCUUACGCUCUGCGUCACUUCUGCUCGGACUCAUAAAUCCACGUCUCUUUGCUUUGGCCACUUCAACUCAUAUCCAAUCCUUUCUUUAAUUCAUGAUUUAUUGCUGGAAGUAUCCCUUCAACUCUCAGCACCUCAUGAAGAUGCGCGGUUAACUCCGGAGGAGCUAGAAAGAGCUUCUUUUCUGCAGAUACUGCCAGAGGUGCUGCUGGGUGCAGAAAGAGGGGAUAGUCUCAGGAAAGCAGACUCGAGUACCAACAUUUUUAACCCAAGAGGAAAUUUGAGAAAGUUUCAGGAUUUCUCUGGACAAGAUCCUGACAUUUUACUGAGUCAUCUUUUGGCCAGAAUCAGGAAACCAUAUAAGAAACGUGAGACUCCUGAUUGCUUCUGGAAAUACUGUGUCUGAAGUGAAAUGAGCCUCUAUUAGUCAGCUCAGAAACACCCAUCUUAAAACACAAAAAAUAAUACAAUGCUUGAUCUGAAAACAGUGUGGAGAAAAACUAGGCAAACUACACCCUGUUCAUUAUUA